CCGGCGCCUCUGACCAAUCACAAGCUUGACUGCGACUGGGAUCGGCAGCUUCUCACUGAGUGCUGUUGCUGCUGAUGGGUGGCUCGUUUAUUCCUCUUCUUCGGAACUGUGUCCAAAUUAACGAUGCAGUUCAUGCUUCUGUUCAGCAGACAGGGCAAGCUACGGCUGCAGAAGUGGUACGUGCCCCUGUCGGACAAGGAGAAGAAGAAGAUCACUAGGGAGCUCGUGCAGACCAUCCUGGCCCGCAAGGCCAAAAUGUGCAGCUUCCUGGAGUGGAGAGACCUCAAGAUUGUCUACAAGAGAUACGCCAGCUUGUACUUCUGCUGCGCCAUCGAGGAGCAGGACAACGAGCUGAUCACGCUGGAGAUCAUCCACAGAUACGUGGAGCUGCUGGACAAAUACUUUGGCAGUGUGUGCGAGCUGGACAUCAUCUUCAACUUUGAGAAGGCCUACUUCAUCCUGGACGAGUUCCUGCUGGGUGGCGAAGCUCAAGAGACAUCCAAGAAGAACGUGCUCAAGGCCAUCGAGCAGGGCGACCUGCUGCAAGAGAACAUAGACUCUCAGACGCGCAUGUUUGCAGGUAUGACAGUCCCUAAUGUGACCUCAGAGACUUCUGGACUAUUUCAGAACUUGACACGCUGAGCCCCGUCAUGAGUUCUUUAAUGUGCCUGUGUACUGAUUCGCCGCUGCUGCCGCCGCUGCCCACCGUGCCUGCGCCAUGCAUGCCCAGAACCUUUCGCUCUGCACCCUGUCCUUGUGCCGUUGUCGUAGCUACACCAACUGUACACACGAUAGACGCACAACUGUUACAAUUGUUGUCCAUCCAGUGGGACCUUCACUCACGAGUUUAAUUCGUCACGUGACCAAGCUCGCAACUCAAUCUACUUGGACCGUAGUACCUUGACUUUUGAGCUUGGGCCGUGACUAAGCUAGUACCUGAAUUUACUUGUUGUUUUGUCCGCUUUGCUAAUUUUUUUUUAAUUUUUUUAUUUCAAUUUCUGGACAUGAAGUAUUUCGUCUUUUUCUUGUAUGUCAUACAUGCAUGUGUUACCUGUUCGUGUAUCUUGUCUGUUUGUAAUUUUUAAAUGGUUUGUAUUGAUAAGCACAUACUUCACGAGCCAGCAUGACGCGAGAAGGAUCACUUUCCAUUCGUCUUUUUAGUGUGGUUUUAACAUGACAAGAGUAUUUGCUGUUUUUGCACCGAUGAUUAAUCAAAGGCCUCCUUGGCCUUUCACAUGAGUAAUACUAAAACAAAGCUUGAGCUGAUAGACACACGAGCUGUAUUUGCAGUCUGACAAAUCAACACACUUAUAGUGCAAGAAUUUGAUAUGUAGGUCAAUGAAUAAUAAAUGUUUAUUUUAGUUCUUGUUCUG